GCAUGGCAGGCUCUUGUUCAUUAUCCUUAUCCUGUCUUUAAAUUGCGUUAGUAGACUCUUUCGUCGACCCAAUCCUGCGGAAUUCUUGCUGCUAAAUGUCUAGUACGGUAUAGGCUAAAAGGAGUUGCCGGCCACGUGCUUUUAGAGCGCUGAAGGGUCUCGUGUCCGUAUAGGUCCUGCAUAGCACAGUUAAGUUGGUAUAAGGGAGAUGUUCCGCUUAAUGUCGCAAGGCAGUCUAUCAUAAAGUGAUUGCUUUCCAUUCGAUUUAUUCCUGCGGCUCGCCUCGGUCCAAGCUAGUGUCAAAAGUCAUGUGGGGCCCGCCACCCUCGUCUUCUCCCGUCAAUGACUACGAGCCCUUAGGGCCUCUUCUGGCCCCAUAGGUUAAAUAACGGCUCAGCGAAGAUGGGCUGUGCGGUGAGUGCACCACAACAUGUGGACAGGCUGCCAAUUAGGGCCCACUGCCGGACAGCCUUCUCACGAUGCUCAGCCACUGAGCGCGUAAAUGGAGAUACCUCUGAGAAAAGCAUACAGAACCAGACGGAGCAGGGUCAUGACGUCGUUCUAUGCUACCCCCUGGGAGGCACCGUGUUCGGCCUGGAGCUCCAGGCCCGCUUUGAAAAAAUGGAGUCUGCAUCGCUGUGGACACUGGAUCAUUUCCUGUCCGUGCCGGGAACACCAAUCGGAAUCUCCAAGUCCAUGUCCGGGGGUUCAAGGAACUCCGGUAGUGCGAAACCUGCUCUGGAGAUCAAGCCCGCUCCCGAGGCAGCAGCGGCCGCCAUGACAUCCAGCGCGGCGCUAUCCCGGGAGAUCCGCAUGUGCCGCCGCGGGGUGGUAGUGCUGAGCUGCCCGCUGCCAGCAUUGGAGGAAUGGGCGCAAGACGUCAGGCCGCUCAUCGCAGCAUCGGGGCCGCCUAUUAAAUACCUGUCCCAACACUCGACUGAGGCGCUUCACGAAGUAGAGCACCGGAUGCUGAUGGCGGCAGAGGCCCUUGCUAGUGCGAAAGCGGCAGCAACGGCGGCAGUUAGCAAGCAACAGGCACACCCGGAGGCGAAGAAGCCAGCUAGCCAGCCCCAGACACCGCCGCCGUCGGCAGCUGCGGAGGGCCGCAACGGCAGCUGCUUGGAUGGCGCCAUGUGGGCUCUACCGGUGCCGUCACGGCCGCCACUACUGUCGCCACAGCAGCAGCAGCAGACGGUGCAGUCAAUAUCGCAGCCAGUUGGAGCUGCUGUUGCCAUCAGUGUUGCUGCCCCGUCGCUUGACGCCUCGUCGUGCUCAGCCCGCGUUCCAAGCCCUUCUCCAUUUUCCUUAAUGGCACUGCAGGCGUCUGACUCAGAUAUCUGUCGGCGGGUAUCACAGCUCCUGGGCCCAUGGACCUGCGCCGGCACCGCAGGGACUGGCGUUGCCGGCUGCAGUACUACCCCAGUGGAGACGCUCGUGGUGUCACCCCCUCCCGCUUGUAGCGGUACAACGGCGGAGAGGACGGCUCUGCACCAGCAGCUGAGGUCGCCGCCGGGAUCUGCCGUUAGGCAACAGCAGCACCAACGCCACCCCUCAUGCCAGUGGCAAGAAACUAGCGGCAGCGCUCCGGAGCCGGGUUGCACAACGGAGGAUGGCGGACCCGGUGCCGCCACCGGCUGCGUCUCCGAGACUCGCUGCGUCCUGCGGUACAGAGAUCAGGGCUGGGCAACGCCGGUGGCAUUUGUGUGCGCGCAGCUGGAGAAUGAGCUAGGUCGGGCCAACGUUUGUGUGCAGGUGGCGACGCCCGCGUCGGCGGUCACCUCCACGCUAUCCUUAAGACGGCAAGCGUCUCCAGGGCUGGCAACGGGCAGUGCCGUGCGGUUGAGCUCGCAGUCGGUAGGCGGUGGAAGCAACAAGUGCCGGCAGCAACAAAGAACGGCAUUUGGGACCGUGGUUGCAGCUGUUGCGACGGUGCAGGGCUCCGAGCGCAGUACGGGCGAUGGCAGCCGCUGCUGCAGCGGCAGCCCUAGCUGUGGCCAGCGUACUGAGGUUGUGUCCGAGUCAACGUCAAGCGGUACCAGCGGCCGUACCACGCCGCCGAUCGCGCGCACGGAUGACGACCUGGAACCGUUUACAAGUCCGUCGGUAUACGACUGCACCACGCCGCUGCCAGAAGCAGCCAUGGCAACGGGCUCCUCCUCCAGUAAUGAGCGAUGGCCAAUCGGUGAGGUUGGAAACGGUUCAGCGGCGCCGCCAGACCUGCGACCGCGGGACGAGGAUCCGGAGCAGCGUCAGCCGCAAGGCACCAGCGAGCAUGGCGGUGACGGCGGAGCUGGAGCUGCUGCGUGCCUGGUUUAUUUUGUGACGCCGGGGUUGUUGGCACCGUUACGUUGCCUGGCCGAUGUGGGGGAAGGUCUGGCGCAGGGCCGCCGGAUACUGAUAGUGGUGCAUGGAGAGUGCAGCCAGCGGCUGCAGGACUAUGCCCCCGCAGGGAUGACGCCAGAGGCGUGGAAGAGCAUCAGGCGGCUGUGGCACCAGCGGCUGAUAUACGUCCCAGACUACCACAUACCAUUCUGUGCGCUGCUGAAGCAGGGCAUCACCGACGACCACCGUGCAACCCCACCGACGUGA